AUGUUGAAGAAGGAGAAAGAUUUAGAGAAGAAACAAAAAAUUGAAUCACUACUCACUAGAAUGAAACAGCAAGACAACUGCGAGAAGGAAUUAUUGGAGAAGAGGAAAAAGAUGUCGGAAUUGAAGAAGGAGGAGAGGGAGAAAGUUUUGCAAGGAAAAAAGCCGUUCUACCUCAAAAAAUCUGCCAAGAGGAAGUUGGAGGAAAAAGAGAAGAUGAAGAAGUUAGAAGAAGGCAGUGGCAAGAUGCAGAAGUACGUGAAGAGGAAAGAGAAAAAGAUUCUGGCAAAGGAGAGAAAGCAUCUGCCAUUUUUAUAA